CUAUUCCAAGAAAAGCUCCCUCAACACCGCAAUCAUGGUCAAGAAGAGAAAGAAUAACGGCCGCAACAAGAAGGGCCGCGGCCACGUCAAGCCCAUCCGCUGCAGCAACUGCUCGCGCUGCACCCCCAAGGACAAGGCCAUCAAGAGAUUCACCAUCCGCAACAUGGUCGAGUCCGCCGCCAUCCGUGAUAUCUCCGACGCCUCCGUCUUCCAGGAGUAUACAGUACCCAAGAUGUACCUGAAGCUGCAGUACUGUGUCUCUUGCGCCAUCCACGGCAAGAUUGUCCGUGUCCGCUCCCGCGAGGGUCGCCGCAACCGCGCUCCUCCCCCUCGCGUCCGCUACAACAAAGACGGCAAGAAGAUCACCCCCAACCAGGGUGCCAAGACCACCACCGCGUAAGAUGGGUAAAUCCAUACCGGUGAAUGUCCUGGAGGGAGGCCGGGGGAGGUACAAUUGAUGAAUUGAUGAUGCGUGUAUAAACGCAAGAGAGAUGGGACACAAAAUAAAGUCUUUCUUUUCCUUGGGCGCUCAUGAAUCAUGGUUUAUCAUGGCAUGGCAGGACGGGGUCCUUGGUGUUGACUAGGAAAUGAUCGAGCCAUAGUCCUCGACACAAGGCAAUCAUCAACGGCAUCU